AUGAAAUCUGUCGUAACUUGGUUCAAGCAAAGUUGCGUUGCCAGUGAUGAAUUAAGAAAAGCUACAACAAAUCAGAAAAAAUUAAUUCAAGAUGUGUCCACACGCUGGAACAGCACGUAUUAUAUGAUAGACCGAUUUUUGGAACUACGUGGCCCAAUAAAUGAGAUUGUUAUACGUCAUAAAUCUGCACCACCAAUGCUCAGUGGUAUGGAACAAAGUAUCAUGUCUGCAGUGCUUCCCGAGCUUCGGUCUUUAGAAGCUGCCACAAAGGAAAUUUCGUCUGACAAAUACACUACCAGCAGUAAAAUUAUACCUAUUAUGCACUGCAUUACUUCGAAAAUUAAAUCACUUUUUAUUGAGGAGCCUAUUGCCAAAGAAGUACAAAAUAUUAUUUUAAGAGAAUGGGAGCUAUUGAGCUUGUUACACCAUUAGCCACAGCUACAGUGUUGGACCCACGCUUUAAAAAACUUCAUUUUGCUGAUGCAAUUGCAUGUGCUAAUGCAAUACAAAAAAUUAAGGAGUUGUUUAAAAAUAUUACGCAGCAAGAAGGAGAUUCAAUGGAAUCUGAUUCUUCAGACACCUCAGACAAGCAAGAAGACAGCUUCAGUCUCUGGACUGACCACCAUAAAUUGGUCCAUAAAAACUGGAAGGACAAUAAAUCAGAUGACAACCUUUCGGAUGAAAUAGCAG